UUACGAUUCAUUCACAAACUUUGGUCGGCUAAAGUUGGAUUUCUCUGUCACCCCCUCUUCCGCACCCGCAUCACUGACACAUGGAAAGUGACAGGCGCGCAGUUGCCGUGUGAUUAAACAUAUUUUUACGUUAUACCAUACACAAUGACAUCUAUGAAAGAAAUGGAAAGUAGGAUUCGAGAGCUUGAAGAGCAGCUUAGGGCCGAAAGGCAGAAAAAUGAUCAACAACGUCCUAUUCGUGAGAAAAUUAGUCAGAUGUCUUCGGAAGUGGUGGAUUCUAACCCCUACAGCCGUCUAAUGGCUUUGAAACGCAUGGGGAUCGUUGACAACUAUGAGAAAAUUCGAGAAUUCACUGUUGCUGUUGUAGGAGUUGGGGGUGUAGGAAGUGUGACAGCAGAAAUGCUGACACGUUGUGGUAUUGGAAAGCUCAUCCUGUUCGACUAUGAUAAGUAAGAGCUUGCCAAUAUGAAUAGAUUGUUCUUUCAGCCACACCAGGCUGCCUUUCCAAAGUACAGGCAGCAGCAUAUACUCUUUCAUCAAUCAAUCCUGAUGUUGAAAUGGAAACUCACAACAAUUACAAACAUAACUACUGUGGAUAAUUUCCAACAUUUUAUGGACUCGUAUUAGCCAGGGAAGUCUAACUGGAGGGCCUGUGGACUUGGUUCUGAGCUGUGUUGAUAAUUUUGAAGCACGAAUGGCCAUCAAUACAGCUUGUAAUGAGCUUGGCCAGACAUGGUUUGAAUCUGGUGUCUCUGAAAAUGCAGUUUCAGGACACAUUCAACUUAUUGAACCUGGACGAACCGCUUGUUUUGGGUGCGCUCCUCCUCUAGUAGUUGCCUCCAACAUAGAUGAAAAAACCUUGAAGCGUGAAGGUGUAUGUGCUGCAAGUUUACCUACAACUAUGGGAAUUGUUGCAGGAUUCCUUGUUCAGAAUACACUUAAAUAUUUAUUAGGUUUUGGCCAAGUGACUUAUUACCUGGGAUAUAAUGCUCUUCAAGACUUCUUUCCUACAAUGCGAUUGCGACCCAACCCUCUCUGUGAAGACUCACAUUGCCGGCGGCAGCAAGAAGAAUGGGCUAAUAAAGCUCCUACCAAUCCGGCUGAGGCUGAUAUGGCAGCAGGUGGAGAUGAACCAGUUGUGCAUGAAGACAAUGAAUGGGGAAUCAGUCUGGUGGACGAGAGUGCCCCGAGUGAGGAGCCUGAAGGAGCAGGUGAUGUGCUGGGCUUAGUCCAGGGAGUGAAGACUGCAUAUUCACUUCCUGCCACAACCUCUGACGCAAAGGAGGAAGCUGGAGCUCUAGCAGCUGAUGCAGACGUUUCCCUAGAAGAGCUAAUGGCUCAAAUGAAGACUAUCUAAAGCAGUUUGAAAAAACCUUUAUCAAUUCUACACUGUCUUCUGAAUUUAAUAGCUUGCUGGCAAAACAUGAGAUUUAUAUCAUUCCUAUUUAUCAUGUACAUGAAUUUUAUUUUGGAGAGGAUAUACUUCUAUAAAGAUUUUUACUUGGAUUUUGACUUUCUCCUAUUUUGUUUACAAUAUUUCAUUUUGUUGUAACAAAUCUUCCUAAUUAAAAUGUAAGUACACUAAGACUACUUUUAAAAGACUAUUUGAGUGUUUGUAAAUUAAUACAAAUCUGUGAAAAUUCUUCUACACUGUACUUCACAAAUUUCAUAUUUCUAGGUGAAAGGAAAUCAUGAACCAACAACAAAGUGAUUCUUACCCAUUUUAUUAUCUUGAAAAAAACAAACAUAAUAUAGAGUUACUCUAUUUACACGUUACACUCAUCUUUUCAACUUUUGAAGCUGAGGAGCAGACACCUUCACUUUCCCUGGUAGAUUGCGUGCCAAGUCUUCAUCUUUCACACUUUUAAUCAAGUCUCGUUCACGUGGAGUAGUGUUACGGUCCUUUAGGAACAUGUUCAUUGCUGUCUUUGCUGCCUUUCCCCGUUUCCCAGUGCCAGGAGUUAGCUUUACUUUGAACCUGCACAGAAAAUAAUAUUAGAUGCGAGUAUGUGUUCAGAUAGUGAUGUAAACAAUCAUUUUAGAGUGUUGACAGGUUUAGUUCAUGCUCCAUCCACACUAACACUAGGUUUCAGAGCUGGGAAAAAUUUUAUGACUUCCGUCCAAACUACUCCUCAUACGUUAAGAUAUUCUCCAUGGAUCUCUGGCUCUGGAAUAUUGAAGGGCAGCCUCAAAAAACAUUUUAAUUUUGAAAAUUUAAGAGGUUUUAAUGAAAAUCAGAAUUAUACACGUUUAUAAAUCUAUUUCUCUCUAUUUUAGGUAAAAAAAAGUCAAUAAUAAAUAUGUAGCCAUCUUUCAGAAAAUUUUGCACCAAGUUUCUUGUGGGGUACCAAAAUCAAAAUGUCUUUGAUUCCUGAAACAGCAUCAUUAGAUUUUACUUCUGAUAUCUUUACCAAGUUUAUUGCAUCUCAUCCAUCCAUCCUGAUUUUGGGGUAUAAAACUGAUGUAUCUGCUCACCACCUGCACCAAUGGGACAAGAAUUGAAGAUCAUAUUGUUCAUUCGAUUCCGAUACUUUUCCUCGGAACCACUAUAUUUUUCCAAGUUAUUUCCAAAUUUGUUCACAAUUCUAAUCUGCUCAUAUUUCUCCAAACCAU